GGGGAGGCUGGGCUCGCGGCUCCGGAGGCCCCGCUCCCCGAGGCCUCGGCCUCUCUCCGGCGAGGGGGCGGGGCCGGGGCGGGGCCGGGGCGGGGCUCCCUCCGACGCCCCCAGCUCUGUGGCGGCUUAGCGCUCGGGUCCUGCGGUAGGCUAGCGCUCCGUCGUCCCCUCCGGCCCCAUGGCAGCCCCCGGCUCCCCAGCCGAGUGCGGCUACAUCCGGACCGUCCUGGGCCAGCAGAUCCUGGGACAACUGGACACCUCCAGCCUGGCUUUGCCCUCCGAGGCCAAGCUGAAGCUGACGGGGAGCAGCGGCCGCGGCAGCCAGGCAGUCAAGAGCCUGCGGAUCCAGGAGCAGGUGCAGCAAACCCUGGCCCGGAAAGGCCGGAGCUUCGUGGGCAACGGGAAUCUUCACCGAACCAGCAGUGUUCCUGAGUAUGUAUACAACCUACACAUGGUUGAAAAUGAUUUUGCCGGAGGGCGUUCCCCUGUUACUAGAAACUAUGACAUGGUCAAGGCUGGCACCACUGCCACUUACGGAAGUCGCUGGGGGAGAGGAAAGGCACAGUACAGUUCACAGAAGUCAGUGGAAGAAAGAUCCUUGAGGCAGCCUCUGAGGAGACUUGAGAUUUCUCCAGACAGCAGCCCCGAGAGGGCUCUUCACUUUCUCAGCGAUUACCAGUACAGCCAGAGGAGCCAGGCCGGGCACGCCCUGCGGCACCAGGAUAGCAGGCGGGCCACCCUCCUCAUGCCCCCGAGAUACGCUCGCUCGGAAAUCGUGGGGUUCAGCCACGGCAAUGCAGCGAGCAGACAGCGCCACUAUGACACUUAUCACAGACAGUACCAGUAUGGAUCUGUCAGUGACACCGUUUUUGACAGCGUCCCUGCCAACCCAGCGGUGCUCACAUACCCCAGGCCGGGGACCAGUCACAGCAUGGGCAACCUCUUGGAGAAAGAGAACUACCUGAUAUCAGAGCCUGCCUCAGGGCAGGUCAGGCCACUGAUGCCCCUGCAGCCGGCCGCUCAGAACAGGGCGGCCAGGUCCUCCUGGCACCAGAGCUCCUUCCACAGCACCCGCACGCUCAGGGAGGCCGGGCCCAGUGUCGCUGUGGAUUCCAGCGGGAGGAGAGCGUACAUGACCGUGGCCCAGGCGGCGGCAGGGGGAGGUGGGAAUUUGCUUUCAGAGAGAGGCGUAUUCACCGACUCCCAGCUCGGGAAUGCAGACACAGAGAUGACGCUGGAGCGAGCUGUGAAUAUGCUUGAUGUGGACCACACACAGCUGUCCAGGGUUUCUGCUGCCGCGACUUUCAUACAGCAUGAGUGCUUCCAGAAAUCGGAAGCUCGGAAGAGGGUUAAUCAGCUUCAUGGCAUCCCCAAGCUCCUGCAGCUUCUAAAAGUUCAGAAUGAAGAUGUUCAGCGAGCCGUGUGUGGGGCCUUGAGAAAUUUGGUCUUUGAAGACAAUGACAACAAGCUGGAGGUGGCUGAACUGAACGGGGUACCUCGGCUGCUGCAGGUGCUGAAGCCAACCAGAGACUUGGAGACUAAAAAACAAAUAACAGGUUUGCUGUGGAAUUUGUCCUCCAAUGACAAGCUCAAGAAUCUCAUGAUCACAGAAGCCUUGCUCACCCUGACUGAGCAUAUCAUCAUCCCCUACUCGGGCUGGCCUGAGGGAGACUACCCCAAAGCCAACGGCUUGCUGGAUUUUGAUAUAUUCUACAACGUCACCGGAUGCCUGAGAAACAUGAGUUCGGCUGGCCCUGAUGGGAGAAAAGUGAUAAGAAGAUGUGAUGGGCUCAUUGACUCGCUGGUCCAUUAUGUCAGGGGAACCAUUGCAGAUUACCAGCCAGAUGACAAGGCCACAGAGAACUGUGUGUGCAUUCUUCAUAACCUCUCCUACCAACUGGAGGCAGAGCUCCCAGAAAAAUAUUCCCAGAGUAUCUAUAUUCAAAACCGGAAUAUCCAGACUGACAACAACAAAAGUAUUGGGUGUUUUGGCAGUCGGAGCAGGAAAGUAAAGGAGCAAUACCAGGAUGUGCCAAUGCCGGAGGAAAAGAGCAACCCCAAGGGUGUGGAGUGGCUGUGGCACUCCAUCGUGAUAAGGAUGUACUUGUCCUUAAUCGCCAAGAGCAUCAGAAACUACACCCAGGAAGCAUCUUUAGGGGCUCUCCAGAAUCUCACAGCAGGGAGUGGACCGAUGCCAACGUCAGUAGCUCAGACAGUUGUUCAGAAGGAAAAUGGCCUUCAGCACACGCGAAAAAUGCUGCACGUUGGUGAUCCAAGCGUGAAAAAGACUGCCGUCUCCCUGCUGAGGAAUCUGUCUCGGAAUCUGUCUCUGCAGAAUGAAAUUGCCAAAGAAACACUACCUGAUUUGGUUGCCAUAAUUCCUGACACAGUCCCGUGCACAGACCUGCUCGUUGAAACUACAGCCUCUGCCUGUUACACGUUGAACAAUAUCGUCCAGAACAGUUACCAGAAUGCACGAGACCUUCUGAACACUGGGGGCCUGCAGAAAAUCAUGACCAUCAGCGCUGGUGAUGACUAUGCCUCCAACAAAGCGAGUAAAGCUGCCUCUGUCCUCCUGUACUCUCUGUGGACCCACACAGAGCUCCACAACGCCUACAAGAAGGCUCAGUUUAAGAAGACGGAUUUUGUCAACAGCCAAACUGCCAAAGCCUACCACUCUCUUAAAGACUGAGGAAAAUGAAAAAGUAUUCUCAGAAGUCUCAGCCUCAGCUACAAAAAGCCCCAGAGGAAAACACCUAUUUUUCUACUACCCAGCCCAAGAAACCUCAAAAAGCAUGCCUUGUUUCUAUCCUUUUCUAUUUCCGUGAUCUCCAGAAUCCAGAAAACAAAUAAUCAGAACAUAAUUUUGUUAGUCUUCCAGAAGAUUUUUGCAAGUUUGCCACCAGUAGAUACUGGCAACAGGCCCUAUUUUAUCCUCUACAAAUGGUCUUUGUUAUCAGGGCUCAUGGCACGUGGCCUCCCGAAACCAAAAUGUGAAUUCAUGUGGAAUGGACAUUAAUAGAAUAAAUGAGGAAAGAAGCUGUUGUAUUACUAGGAUUUUAAAAGUUUGAUUUACGUUUGUAUUCCUUUUCUGGUUUCCAUGUUUUACCCCUCAAGCACAUGUCGCUUCACCAUUGAGCCACGAAUGUAUCAUUCUGCUGUGCUGAAACACAGUGGAAGUGACAAGAAAUAAUUGCAGAGUUGUCCAGGAGAAAGUGUAAUGGCAAAAUUGUUUGUUUACUCUGCGCUUGUUUUUAAUCCCCUUGUUUUUUAAUUUUCUCUGAUUUUAAAUGAACUUAAGAAAUUUAGACGACUGGACAUGCAUAACUAUAAGAAAAAGAAAUAAGAGGAAGUGAUUAUAGCAAAUUAAAAAAUCUUUUCCAUAGAGAAAGGCUGUUAUGGAUAUAAAAUUCAAUAUUUUCUGUAAGCACUGAGGAAAUGGGAUUUUUGCUCAAGGAAAUACUUUUUACCUGUAAAAAGACCAUCAAACACAAAUGUCUCCUAAGCGGUGGAAUGCAAUAUAAUCUCUUUCCUAGGCUUUUUCAGCCCCUGCAUUGGACUAGCGGAAGAAUGGACUCGAAUCUUUAGCUACAAGAGGAACCAAACCCUUAGACUUCUGGGCCAGCCCCGGACACUUAGACUGUAGCUUAUUUUAAUGUUACAUCAGUGACCAGCCAACGUUGCCCAACAUUUAAAAAAUAGCACAGAGCCACUAAAUAUCAUGCAGUCUUCCUCACACCAUUACUUUAAGUCAAGGGAACUCUAGAGAAGAAAAGUGAAGGUGUCACGUUUAAGGAAGAUGUAAGAAGCAUCCAGGCCAUACAGAAAUGAAAUGAGAAAAACGCUGUUUAAUAGGUGACACCGUCACCUGAUGAAAUGAUUCCGUGUUAAAUGUUAUUUUAACAGGGCUAUGAUUAAAACUCCUCCACGUAGUACUAGUCUUCUCAACUACAAUUCUGUAGUUACAUUUUGCUUUUUUUAAAAAAAUCUGAUGUUUGUGAUAAGGAAGAUAAGAAAAACUUCUUCAGCUCCUUUUGGUCAGAAAAGUAUAAUAAAAAAGUGUAGAAAAUAAAAUUUGAAUGUACAUUUCAGCCUUUAUUAUAUUUGGAACUUAACACGGUUUCAAAAGCUCAGUGAAGACAGCUUUGGUUACUAACCUAGGUCAAAAUGAAAUUAAUUUAGAUACCAAUUUUAAAAUACUGAAGAGAAUUUAUACUCUUCCCCCCCCACCCCCAGAGUUCUGAUGAUAAGCAUUUGACGUGUUUAUUCCACCAGAGAAUACAUGUAUAUUCAAGAACUUCUUUAAGGCAUAAAUCGAGCCUUCAAUAAUAUUAAACACAAAACGAGGCAGACAUCAUGUUGAUUACACUGGUAUCUGUGUGUAUCUGAUUUGUUUGUGUGUCUUGAUAUAUGUGGUGUGAUCAACAUGAAAUUUGAGAAUUUGACCUUGUAAACUUCAAUUUCUAUUACUAAGGGUUUAUUACCUUGUAAUUACUUAUGUUUCUUCCCUAACAUCCUAACUUGUUUACUGAGAAACAUUUCCUCUCCACGUUUACAUACCAGUGACCAAGGCAUGUAAAAGUGGAGAGACACACAAAUGGUUAGGUCUGGUUACAUGUAAUAUAUUGAGUGGGGCUGUGACCAUGGAAAGACAGACUCUGUGUGACCCCCGUGUCCUGUUUUCUUCACUCUGUUUGCAAACCCCUCACAACUCUAAUAUUUGUGAGCAGCUCUGGGGAAGGUCCUUGUGUGGACAGGCAGUUUUGAUCACAGGUCUGUACACAAAUCUUUUCCCUCUAUGUCCCAGACUGUGCCUCUGCCCUCAAAGGAGCUAACAGGCUAAGCUGGGUCAUUUUGUUUAUUUGCAUGAAAGGUUCCAAAGGGCCACUGUCAUCUUAAGAAUUCUUUUUUUAAGUUUUUUGUUUUUUUUUUUUUGUAGAGACAGAGUCUCACUUUAUGGCCCUCGGUAGAGUGCCGUGGCGUCACACAGCUCACAGCAACCUCCAACUCCUGGGCUUAAGCGAUUCUCUUGCCUCAGCUUCCCGAGUAGCUGGGACUCCAGGGGCCCGCCACAACGCCGGCUAUAUCUUUUUGUUGUCGUUGUUGCAGUUCAGCAGGGGCCGGGUUUGAACCCGCCACCCUUGGUAUAUGGGGCCGGCCCCCUACCGACUGAGCCACAGGUGCCGCCCGUCUUAAGAAUUCUUAAUGGUCUUCUGGAAUAUGAGAGGUUGCUGCCCUAGAUUUCCAUCCCUGGAAAUAUUUGUUUAUACCUAAAGACGGCAACCAAAGGGUUAUCUGAUAAGACAAAGAGGGGAUUAACAUGUCAAGUGGAAAAGAAGCAGAUUAACCAUUUUAAAACCAAUUUAAUCACCCUCUGAAGAAGUGAUUCCUUACAAGAAAACAAGAAAUGAGAAGUGUGUGUGUGUGAAUGUAUAUAUGCUAUGGUCAUAAGUGAGAUUUCCCUUAAAUAAAAUUCCUAAUGGACUUACUGCACUGGAAGAAGACUUCAACAUGGGUGGACUUAGAACAAAAUUGCAGGAGUUUCAAGUCCCAGAAUUCAGGAUUAGAAGGGCAUUUAGAAGGCAUCUGGUCAACUCCUCCUAAAGAAUCAAGACUCAGCUCUUACUAAGGUGACAGCGAAGAAAACUACGCAAUCAUUCAUUCAACUAACGCCCAACAUGACCUUAAAGGAUUUGUUGUGGGAAGGAAAAUAGAUCUAGAAAAAGAAACUUUUCCAAAAAAACCUGCUUUUAGUUUAAUUUUUUGUUUAUAGUUUAUAGUUGUGGUGACAGUUUCAUCACUUACAAAAUAAACUUUAGCGUUUUAAGGACUGUAAGAAAAACUCUUUGCGAUAUCACAUUUCGGGAAGAGAUCAAAAUGCCACACACUGGCAUAAGGGAGAAUAUCUGGAAAGCCACGGGCUGGGUGAUUCAGUGAAAGAAUCCCGCAGUCAUUACCCCAGAGAGGGUGCGAUGUUAUCCAUCGUGACGUAUUUGAAAGCCCUCUGUAUUGAAGUGACAGACUUCUUCUGACCCAGUACAGAGGCCAGAACCAAGGUCAGUAGGUGGAGGCUAUCAUGAGACCAGGCUUGACUUUGUAGUAGGGGACAUAUAAUGAGUACUCCCCACAGCCUCCUCAGAAAGUCUGUACCCCCCCCUUUUCUUUUCUUCUUCCUUUUAUAAAAAAUUUCGAUGCAUGAUAAAAACUUGAGAGAAGUUAAGGCACAUGGCCAAAGUCACAUAGCUAGGAAAUGCAGAGAAGUAGUAUAAACAUGGAUGGUCUGGCUCCUCAGGGGGGACGGGGGGGGUCCCUUGCCAACCCAGAGUGAGGGACUCCAACUCAUGUCUCCAUGCUGGUGAGCUGUGGGGACCUCUGGCUUGGCUCUGGAGAAUAAAGCGUACAGUAUGACAUUGCGGUGAGGGGGGCUCAUCCUAGCACCAGCCGGCUGGAACUCAAAUUGUAGCUUCUCACUUACUAGCUGGGGGAGGUUUCUUGUCCUUGCUGAGCCUCAGCUUUCCUUAUCUACAAUAUGUGAGUGGUAGUAGUAGUUAUCUCAUUGGGUUGUUUUGAGCAUUAACUGGUUUUAAAAAACACAAAGCAUUGGGUGGCGCCUGUGGCUCAAAGGAGUAGGGCGCUGGCCCCAUAUGCCAGAGGUGGCAGGUUCUAAGCCCAAGCCCCGGCCACAAACUGCAAAAAAAACCCACAAAGCAUUUAUAACAGUGCCUGACAGUAUGUACUCAAUAAAUGCUAUGUAAAUUAAUUUGGAUCUCC